AUGUUGGGCGACACACGGCGCCAUCAUUGGCGCCGUGCUGGCUCCAUACGCAGCAAGUCGCAGCCAUCCCUACAAGACAAGGCCAAACUACACACCGAGGUAGCAGGCACCGAUGGCUAUGUGCCUUACCGCCCACCAGAUGUCGCAUCGUCCCUUUCGCUCUCUGCGCCAGUUAAGCCGUCUGGUGCGCAGGGCAUCGGCCUUGCACCAGCGCCUGCGGCCCCUCCAGAACGCCCGCAGAAAAAGACCAUUUUCGGUUGGUUCGGGCGCAGGAAGGCCAAGCAAAAGCUCGCCUCGGUGUCCACGCCCACGCUCAUCGAGACUCCAUUAAUGGGAAAGCAAGGCCAGGAGGUUUACCCUCGCUUCGGCCAUCGCCCAACAGCAGCCCAGUCAGCCGAUCUCUUGGGAUCGUCUCCGGGCGUCGGGGCCACAGGAUCGGGCGUUACCGAUUCGCCCUCCGUUGUGACCGGUCUGGUGGCUCCCAAGAUGCUCUUCUCACCCUUGUCUCGUAGCAUGCGCAUCGAAGGUAUGGACGAUCAUCCCUACGGCUCCACGUACCCCAGCACACCCCACAUUCAGCACCUACCUCUGCAACUAGAACGAACCCCAUACCCCCGCGUUGGCGACAACACUUCAACGCCCGCACUCCACGGACAACGAGGAAGCGUGUCCAGGUGGCCUGAGGACUCGACUGUCACGUUACACAGUGAGGGCUCACGAUCUCGUCUGACAGUCAACACGGUAUGCGACGCUUUGACAUUCCCUCGACCCCGUAUGCACGCCCACGAGGUGACGCCUCCAGACACGCCAGAACUAGACAACGUGGUCACCGUCGACCCUGACGACCCAAACUCGAGCUUUGACCGUGUUUAUGCCGCAGGCGAGGUCCGCGAGGCUGAGCGUACAGAAUGGGCCGCCAUAACCCGCAAGUCGCGGAGCGGCAGCAUGAGAAGCUUAAUGAGCAGGCGCCGUUCAGACGAGUGGUCGCUGCGCGAGCAGCCCGGCACCCCUGUACAUCCGUCGUGGUCUAGACACUCUCUCACCGCUGGAGAGAAACCUGAGUACACGCGGUCGAAGUCGACGGCGAGCUCUAUACGGUCAUUAUUCAGAUCCGGAACGGGGCGAUUCACUCGCCACACUAGAUCACACGACAAUCUUCCUCAGCAGGCCAUGAGCCCCCACAUGCAGACACCUGUCAAGCGCUCAUCGCGCCCGAACACGGCACCUUCACUAGCUCCACUAUCUCCUUCGCCAGUGCAGAUGCAGCUGGCAGCCUUUCCGUCGUCUGUCCAGCAGGCACCUUGGUACGUGUCGUCGCGCCCAAGUCACGCUCCUUCGUCAAGACGCAGCACAAAUGUUUCAGAAGCUCCGUCGACGGCGAUCACCGGUGCCCCGACGACACCGAAGACUCCCAUCCGAUCACUUCCUCCCGCUGCCCUGUCGUUGAAGCAGCGUCUGCCGAAGAGCACAUCGACGCCUUCGCUUCUCCUCGACCCCGAGCAUAGAGUGAGCUUUGCUCCUCAACGAAGCCGCUCAGCUCGCUCGCAAAAUAUCCACUCGCGCAGCAACCCUGAUCUGUUGAACUACCGUCCGGCACACUCAACGACGGGACAUAGCGACCACGGCGAGCGUCUCGAGCGCUUACCUGAGAGGGGUGGGACAGUCCGCGAAGGCGACCGGGGUCGCCAUGGAUCGCCGCCUCCCAAGUUGAGGAGACGCCAGACUGGCCCUCCUCGGACGUUCCAGUUUAGGUUACAGCCACCAACCCAUCGGCACGCCCCCAGUGGCACAAACCUUGUUAUGGUUGGUGGCGCCACUGCGCCAGACCACAGCCGUCUCGACAGUUCUCGCCUGCAUGUCAAGCAUCCUCCACGCGGCAUCGACUUUGCGGCGGGCUCAGACCCGAAUAGACUUCCUACGCCGCCGCCACACCUGCCGACCCCCGACCGCUCAUCGCCACUCAACUAUGACUUUCCUGAGUCGGAAAUCGGCAUGGCGAUCACCACAGACCAGAUUGUUGCACCUGUCCAGCACCGGCUGCCCAUGGACACGCCGCCGUCGUCUGGACCACCUACCCGCGAGGACCCGAGCUCUGCCCAUGCACGCUACGUCCUGGCCCGGCAACAUCGUCGACAGCAGACGAUGCGCGCGUUCCAAUCACCUCCGAUGUUCGGUGACGGGAGAAAGAGCCCAGAAAUCUACCCUCAACAUCGCUUCUCGCAGAUGUCGAUGUACUCGCAGGUCACGACGCAGUCCUCAACAUACUCGGGCGCACACUCUGGAACCACACACUCAGGUGGCGUGUCCGCACCCAUGUCCCCUGCGCGUUUCCCGAGACCCGGGCAUCCGAGUGAGUCGCCGGAGUUUCAGACGGCUGCGCAGUCGGCGCAGAACGUCUUUCCUGGCCCAACCUCGCCCAAGUCGCCCAAGACAUCGUGGUUCGGCCGUCCGCGUGGCGGCAGCCACAGGUCGACCUCGCCGCCGUCGUCUCCAAGUGCUGGGCGCAGAGCGAUGAGCCCUCGGGACAACGAAAUUCCCAUUCGUCCGCGCACGCCACCCUCUUCCUGGCAUCGUCGACGCACGUCGUCGAGGGAUGUGCCAACCGUACCGGCUGUUCCGCCCCUCCCUGCAGGCAUGAGGUCCUCGCCAAGGCAGCAUCACAUUCCAUUGUCCCUCGUCCGUGGCGACGAAUCGCCUAUGCUGAAGCAGUCGAUUGCGCCGCCGACGCCCACCUCGUCGGCGGCGCCAGUCCAACUUCCCGAUCCCCCAACGCCACCUUAUGUCCCACCACUUCCGCUCAUCACUGCAUCUGCGGCUGUUCCCGCCAGACCGUCCUCGAUGUCCGGUAGAAUACCGCCUUUGAGACGUCCACCGUCGCGUCCUCCGCCUCCGACGCCUACACCGCCUGUUGGGUCUCGGACCAACUCGACUGACGAGCUGGCGUCCUUCAUCCCGUCACGCAGUCAGUCAUUGAGAUCCUUCAGAUCCUGGACCGAAUUGGCCGCCAUGACUUCUGGACCCCCUGCUGUCUUGGCCGCUGGCUCCAUGCCGACCCGGGCCCCGACCCCGCCGAACAACGACACAUUUGGGGAGGAGUCGACUCCGCGAGCCCAUACUACCGCAGUGGGUCCCGCGCCGAAGAACUACGUUGUGGCCACGCCGCCGCCGCAGACUGGGCUGCCUACGAUCAUGGACGCGUCGCCCACGCCCCUCAGGCAGACGCGUGUCUCGGUGUUAGCAGGGCAGCCACCUCCUGACACCCCCGUUGGCUCCCUUCGGGCCAACCUUGCUCGCCGCAGUCUUUCAAGUAACUCGGGGCGUAGGCGCCGCACCUCUGGUCCACCCCUCUCCGCUGGCCUCGUCUCGACCUCGUCAGGCUCGCCUGCGGCCAACCUCUUCGGUGCGCGUAUGACUUCCAGCCCACCUCCUGGCCUGUCGGCUGUCACGCCGGCAUCGCCGACUCCGGACCCGCACGAACCCAACACGUUCUCUCCCAGGAUGAUGAGUUGCUGGCCUACCACUACUCAUGGUACAACGCCAGUCGAAGUCGGCACGACGCCUGCCCAAGUCGACACCAGCGUUUCUGAGGGCUCGCGCAACCAGAGUUCCUCGGACGUGCAGAGCUGGGACAGCGGCGAGACACCAAUGCCUGUGUCCAGCACUAGCACUCUGGGUGCAGGGAUGCGGCAGCGCCAGUUGACCGACGUCUCGACCGUCGCAUCGGCAACGUCGAGCGUCUCGCUUUACUCCGAGACGGACGACAACUGGAUGACACCGGCUGCCUCUCAUGUGGACACGGUGGACACGGACUCUGAAGGAGGUCUGUCAGAGGCGACGCUCCCUGAGCUGCUCCCUAUUUCAUCCAGUUCGGCGUUGUCUAAUUACGAGGACGCUCGCGAAGGCUCUGGGGACUGGACAGCCCACGAGGAGCCCGAGGAAGAUUACACACGGCUGAGCGAGGCGCGCUCCGCCACUCCUGGCACCUCUCGCCACGCUGUUGGUUUGGGCCAGGACGAGUCCAAGUCGGCAGUGACUCCACCUGCCACCAGCGCCACGUUCACUGCCUUACUGUCGUCGCAAGACCCUAGGACCCCCACUCGCCAGGCUAGACUUGCGUUGGAUGACGAGGACCAGAAUCGCGAGCCCAUCUCCCCCGACACCGACACUGUCGAGUCGCUCAUGAUCACUCCCCGCGCGAAGGUCCGCAGCCCACGCGCACCCGGGACUGAUGCCACGGAACCGUUCGAGUACGACGAAGAUCAGCGCUCGGCUGAGAGUUCCCUUUCAUCGGGCUCGGACGAGGGCUCGAUGCGCAAUAGCAUGGACGAGAAUUUCCGCGGUCUCUUCUUCCGCACGCCGCAGAUCACUGCCGGCCCAUCGACGACGCGUCGGCCUAGGACGGCACCGACCGGUGCCCCGGGAAUGAUCAACCCGCCGGCUCGCAGUGACUCGCGCCGCCCUGGGACUGCUCCCCGCGCACCUGCCCCGCCGUUUGGAGAUCAUUCCACCGCCGAGAGCACACCAAUGGUCACUGCGGAGAGUACGCCCGUUGAGGAGAAGCAGUUCUCCUUCGUUGCCGGUGCUGCCGCGACUCCACGUCCGCCGCAGCCACUCACCUCCGUCCACGACAAUCCGAAGCCGCUCGCAUCGAUUCACGACCAGGCGCCGAAGCCGCUCACGUCCAUUCACAGCAAGCGCGGCUACAGCUCGGGUGUAUCCGAUCCCUCGCGGGGCACCGUCGGUUCCCCUAUCGGCCUCGAGCAGGUGUCACCGUACCCAGAUGCCUAUACGGCUAAGCGUGCGUUGAGCCCACAGACGAUGGGGAUGGAGGCCCAGCCAAUCUCUUUCCAGGCCUUUGACUCGUCUUCUGGCCAACCCAUCAACGCGCCACCAUCGCACCCGCUUGGCUCUGCCUCCCACGCCCGCGGACUGGGCGUUGUUAUGUCACCGCGGAGCCCCAGUGGUGACGCCAAUCUUCCUGGCUGGGACAGCGUCUCUAGAAUCGGCUCUAGCACGCGGCCUAUUGCCACGCUACCGCGUGACGACUCCUGGAUCUCUGCUUCAUUCCGGCAAGCCGCUGCAAAGGCGGAGAGUGCCACACCAGGGGUGAUGCGGGACCAAUCCAAACACCGUGUGACAUCACAGACUCCAUCGCUCUCUCCAUCUCCUUCCACCGUCGGAGUAGCCUCCUCCACUUUUGGCGUCACUCCAAUCGUCCCAGAUCAACAACAUCUCUUUAUCACUCCCCCCGAACAGCCGCCUCAGGCUAAGCGUCCAAGGUUCCCAAAGGGGUCCGUUUCAAGCACGUCAUCUUUCAACGUGAACACCCCACACCCCGACAUUGUCGACCACUUCCCUUCUCCUCCCCGCAGCCGUCCUCGCACGGGUUAG